GGGUAGACAAAAUAAAUGAAAAAGAAGCUUCUUCAAAUGAAGUACAAAAGUUUACCGCUAUUGCACAUUGGAUACUGCAAGAAAUAGACAAAUUAAGCACCAAGUAUCCUAAACCUUUAGUUGGGCAAGUUGACAUCGUUCGUUUGGUAAUUGAAAAACAAGCUCCACUUUUAAUUUUGGAUAUGGAGGGUGCGGCAGAGGAUAUUAGAGUUAAAGUAAAAAUGACGUCCACAUCCGAAGAUGAAAUUCCUGUUGAUGAUAUCAUUGAACUUUAUCGGGUGGUAAUGGAGCUCAGAAGUGAAUUUGAAGGACGUUGUUCUGGUGUGAAAUUUUCUUUUGGAAUCGAAGGAUGGUUCGGGCCUUAUAUCAAGAAAUGGUUGGAAGCUACGAACAAGAAAACUCCUGAAUGGUUUAAACCUGUAAGCAGUACGGAUACGCAUUCCUCCUCUGUGGUGGAUCUUUUUACAUCAUUUAAUCAAACUGUUGACUUCGUAAAAAGGCUUGAUUGGCCUAACCGAGAUCAAUCCGCCCGUUUCAUGACAAAUUUAUCACAAACCAUUGGUGAAGCAUUGGAACAAUAUUGUAAGGUUAUGGAAGAUCUCUUUAUGAAAGAUUUGGCAGCUGCUUAUGCCGAGCAAGAAUCAUCAAAACAAGCAGCUUGGUUUCUAAGAGCAAAGAAUGCUCUUACUAGUGAAAAAGCUGCACCAUCUGAGAUCCAGCCAAAGUCUUGCGUUAAGAUGAAUAAUAUAGAAGCGGCAGGUGAACAGCUGGACAAACUAUAUGAUUCGAUGAAUGUUGAUGAUGUGUCAGAAAAAAUGAAUCAACCUGAGUCUGGAAUUCCUCUUUCAGAAAAAAUUAUAAGAAACAGAUAUCUUUAUACAAUUAAAAUUUUAAAGGCUGAAAAUUUGAUGGCCCAGGAUGUUAAUGGGCUUAGCGAUCCGUAUUGUGUCUUGACAGAUGAAAAGGGGCAAAUUUUGGCACAGACGCGUGUUAUUUUUGAAACGCUAAAUCCACAAUGGAAUGAAGCAUUUGAUAUUACUCUUGAGUUUAAUGACCAGGAUCUUCGAAAAAUACUCGUCACUGUUUGGGAUAAAGAUCAAGUUGGUUCGGAUGACGUUUGUGGAAAAGCAUAUAUUUAUCUAGAUCGUCGUUAUUUCACUGACGCUAGACCCAAUGAUGUGGAUCUCGACCUUAAUCCACAAGGUCGCGUUUCGUUACGUGUCAGCAUGGAAGAUGAGAAAGAUGAUCCUCGGUUUUAUUUCGGUAAGGCAUUUAGAACCCUUAAACGAGCACGAGACGAUAUGACGAGAGCUAUUGUCGAUAGAAUGUCGCCAUUUUUCAAACAAUGUUUGUCUCGAGAUGUAAUCAACAAACUGUUAAAACCAGCAGUCGGUUUUGCGGAUCUAUUUGGACAGAAGAAACGUGAACUUACAGAUCGUAAUAUUGAAGAAGCAAUUGACCCACUUUUUGAUUAUUUUGAUGAGAAUUUGAUGAUACUUCAUAAUAAUUUGCAUCCUGAGGUGUUCAAAGCGGUUAUGAGGUGGAUAUGGAAAGAAAUAGUUACUAUUAUUGAAUUAAUUAUAAUACCUCCUUUAUCUGAUCGGCAAUCAGAUUUAAAACCACUCUCUGAUAAUGAGCUUAUGAUUGUAUUAAACUGGUUACAGUUUUUGAAACAAUAUCUAUAUGCUGAUGGGAAUGGUGUAUCAUCUGAGAUACUUGAAAUCCAAAGAUACAAAGAAAUCAGUCAAAUAGAUAAAUUAUAUAAUUUGGAUACAGAACAACUCAUGCAGGAAUAUCUCAACAAUCAAAUUAUUAAUACGUUGGAUCCUCAGAAAGGUCAACUUAAAGCGAGCAAAUCAGUGCUUCAGCAACGAAAUCUUGGCACGAUUAAAAAACGAAAAAGUGAAAAACGUCAAAAACAUGAACGUCAAGAUCAUGGUGAGGUUAUACUUAGAAUUUUAAGAAUGCGAUCUGGAAAUAAAACAAAAACAUUCUUAAAACAACAAGUAGAAGAUCGACUUAAAAAAUCGGCAACUAUUGCGUAUAAAGAAAAUUCAGCUUCAUCGCUGAAGCCUGUACCAGAAAUAUGA